AUGGAUGGCAUUGACUGUGCCCUCUGUCGUUUCCGCCAGGAGACCCCGGAAUCGCCGAUGCACUUCGAACUCCUCAAGUAUGGCGAAAUCCCAUUGGAGCCCGUGAUCAAGAAGCGGGUGAUGAACAUGAUCCUGCAUAAUAAGACCUCCCCGUCUGAGCUGUCCGAAGUCAAUGUGAUCCUGGGUGAGACCUUCGCCUCAGCCGUGCACAAGUUCUGCGAGGACUACAAGGUAGACAUCAAGACGAUCGACGUCCUCGGAUCCCAUGGCCAAACCAUCUGGCUGCUCUCGAUGCCCGAGGCGGGUGAGACCCGCAGCGCUCUGACGAUGGCGGAGGGGACAUUCCUAGCCUCGCGCACAGGCAUCACCUCGGUUACAGAUUUCCGCGUUAGUGACCAAGCCGCUGGUCGCCAGGGUGCACCCCUCAUUGCCUUCUUCGACGCACUGGUCCUGCACCACCCCACUAAGCUCCGUGCAUGCCAGAACAUCGGCGGAAUCGCCAAUGUCUGCUUCGUCCUGCCGGAUAGCCACGGCGGAGUCGACGAAUGCUACGACUUCGACACCGGCCCCGGAAAUGUCUUCAUCGAUGCCGUCGUCCGCCACUACACCAACGGCGAACGCGAAUACGACCAAGAUGGCGAGAUGGGCGCCCGCGGUACCGUCGACCAGGAACUCGUCGACGACUUCCUGACCCACCCCUACUUCGCCCUGGAGCCCCCCAAGACCACCGGCCGUGAAGUCUUCCGCGACACCAUCGCCCACGACUUCAUCGUUAAAGCCGAAGCAAAGGGUCUCACCCCCGACGACGUCGUUGCGACCAUCACCCGCGUGACUUCCCAGGCUAUCGUCGACCACUACCGCCGCUACGCGCCCAAGGGCCUCGAGAUCGCCGAGAUCUUCAUGUGCGGCGGCGGCGCCUACAACCCCAACAUCGCGGCCUUCAUCCAAAAGAACUACCCCAACACCCGAAUCAUGAUGCUGGACGAGGCUGGUAUCCCUGGUGGCGCUAAGGAGGCCAUUACAUUUGCUUGGCAGGGUAUGGAGGCCGUGGUUGGUCGAUCCAUCCCUGUCCCCACUCGUGUUGAGACGCGCCAAGAAUACGUUCUUGGUAAGGUGUCGCCAGGCAAGAACUAUCGCAAUGUUCUGCGCCAGGGUAUGAACUUCGGCGCUGGUCGUGAUCACCUUGCCCCGGUUAAGGAAUUGGUCAACUACAUUGACGGCAAGGUUUUCAACAACAAGUGGUAG